CGUACGCGGCCUUCGAAGCUCGGAUAUGAGCGUACCCGAGCUGUUCUACGGCGUGUCAAACGAAAGCUGAUAAAACAGCAUCGAUGCGAACCCAAGAGGUCACCAUCUUUGCUCUGAUGCCCGGCAAUAUUUCUCUCGCAUACUUUCUUCUUCGGAUUUUGAGAACCUUAGGAUUGAAUUAACAAGUCUAAUCAUGAUGAGGAUCCACAGACUCGCACUGGCGGCGCUUAUAUUAGCAUUUACAUCGGAGAUUGUUUUUGGCCAGGAGGUUCAUGACCAGCGCAAUGCAAGAGACGUCCACCAGAAGCGGAAUCUCGAUUCCUUCGAAAUCUUUAACCGGAAACGAAACGCGCAUGCCUGCAUUAUGUCGAUUGUUUUCAUUGUACUUUUUCCCCUGGGCGCAAUCUCCAUCCACCUGCCCAUUGAUCGUGUUCCUUACUUAAAGAAUACAUACCUUAAGAAGAAGGUCAUGGCGAUCCACGUCCCUAUCCAGGUGCUAGGCUCCGUUAUGAUGGUCGGCGGAAUGGCCCUUGGGAUUAGAAUCGGUCAAGAUCUCGGCUACCUUAGGCACCCUGUGCAUGCCCAUGUGGUCAUUGGCUUCAUCGUCGUUUGCACCAUUAUCGUCUUCCAACCCAUCAUGGGUAUCCUUCAGCACCGACAUUUUAAGAAGAGAGGGGACAAGAGCAUCUUCGCCUACCUGCACCGAUGGAUAGGACGUGGUGCAAUUAUCCUAGGCAUGAUCAACAGCGGUCUAGGUUUUCAGCUGGCCCAGACUAAUGUAAUAGUAUCCACUGGGUCGUAUAUUAGAAACUACGUCCUCCUGGGUUUUUUUGUGUCUAUCUGGCUUAGUCUCGUCUUGUACGACGAGUUUAAGAUGCACCAGUCGAGGUUCGUCACAAGUGGAAUCAGGAGAGGAUGCAGUAAACGAGAUAUAACAAGAGAGCAUCAUGUGUAAAAGCUCCACCAGAGAUCGUGCUUAAGAGGAAGGUUGCCAGAAGCGGUUCUUAGAGAGCGCUGGGUGGACUGAAAGAACACUCGUCCUUCGGUGGAAUAGUCAUUGGCUUUGGCUUUGUGGGUCCGGGGAUUACGAUGUUAAGUCUAACUAGUUAAGCGUUUUACACUCGAUAUCGGGUACAGGGAUG